AUACUGAAAAGUUUGUUGUUUUAGGUUCAGCGAGAUCUGAAUGUCGCUGUUGCUGAAUUUACUGAAUUGAAGCAGCAGCUGGAGCGAGACACCCUGGUGCUGAGUAUUCUGAAAAAGCUACAGGAGUUUGAUACAGCUAUUAAAGAGUACAACACCGCAUUGCUGGAGAAGAAGUACGUUGUAGCAGCUCAGCAGCUGGAAAAGGCACGAAGGAGCCUGAAAAUGCUGGAAUCCCGCAAGGGCUUUGAGCUGAAGAUCCUGAAGGCGCUAGGCACAGAGCUCACAGUGCAGACACAGAACAUGCUCUACCACCUCGGAGAAGAAUGGCAGAAACUGGCUGUAUGGAAGCUUCCUCCUUCAAAAGAAAGCACCAGCCUGGAGUCAGUGAUGCAUUCAGAAUUGCACUUACGCACAGCGCCGUCAAAAGAGGAGGAGAUUGCUGGCCCGCCUGUUGCUGCUGUGCUGCAGGCAUUUGCUGUCCUAGGAGAACUGCACACCAAGCUUAAAAUUUUUGGCCAGUUGUUGCUGAAAUACAUCCUCAAGCCACUGAUUUCAUACCCGCCUCUUCAGCCAUUCACAGAGGAACAGUCAGAUGUGUUUAUCCUGCGUUUUAAGUCUGAGGAGCCUAACUUGGAUCAUUCCUCUCCUGUGGAGGUUUUUGACAAGAUCAAGCUUGUUUUUGAAGUUCUCCACAAAUAUCUGCUAAAUGUGCCUCUUGAGCAGCCUACAGAAGACAAAAAGGAGAGCAGAGUUAUACUGGCAGAACUUCUGGGUGAUAUGAUAUGGGAAGAGUUGUCAGACUACCUCAUUCAGAACUGCCUGGUGAAUUCAAUCCCGACCAACAGCAGCAAACUAGAGCAGUAUAUAGAGGUGAUUAAAUCCACAGAGGAAUUUGAAAAAGCCUUGAAGAACAUGCAGUUUUUGAAAGGAGAUACAACGGAUUUACUGAAAUACGCCCGGAAUGUCAACUCCCACUUCGCUAACAAGAAGUGCCAGGAUGUGAUUGUGGCAGCCAGGAACCUGAUGACCUCAGAAAUACACAACACUGUAAAGAUCACACCCGAUUCCUGUGUAGCCCUACCAAGGCUUCCUGAUCCUGGGGCAGAUCACCUAAAAGUGCAAAAAACUUCUAAAAUUCUGCAUAACGACACGGUGAAUUUGGAGAACGAAACUAAACUGAGCCAGCACACGUUUUCUCUGCCCACGUGCCGCAUCAGUUCAUCAGUGCAGAAACUGAUGGAGCUGGCUUAUCAGACGCUGUUGGAGGCUACAGCCAGCACAGACCAGUGCUGUAUACAGCUCUUCUACUCUGUACGGAAUAUAUUCCAGCUGUUCUAUGAUGUAGUGCCAACAUACCACAAGGAGAAUCUUCAGAAAUUACCCCAGCUGGCAGCCAUUCACCACAACAACUGCAUGUACAUUGCUCACCACUUGCUUACCCUGGGACACCAGUUCCGAUACCGCCUGACGAACAUCCUGUGUGAUGGAGCAGCUACUUUUGUAGAUCUGGUACCUGGUUUUAGGAGACUCGGGAUGGAGUGUUUUCUGGCCCAGAUGCGAGUGCAGAAAGGAGAAAUCCUGGAGAGGCUGUCAAGUGCCAGGAAUUUUUCUAAUAUGGAUGAUGAGGAAAAUUACUUUGCAGCAAACAAAGCGAUAAGGCAGGUCUUGCAUCAGCUGAAAAGACUGGGAAAAGUCUGGCAAGAUGUCCUUCCAGUGAACGUAUAUUGCAAGGCUAUGGGGACUCUGCUGAACACAGCCCUCACAGAGAUUGUCUCUAGGAUUGCUGCCCUGGAGGAUAUCUCUGCAGAAGAUGCAGAUAGGUUGUACUCCCUCUGUAGGACCAUGGUGGAGGAAGGACCCCAAGUUUUCACCCCUUUACCCGAAGAAGACAAAAAUAAGAAAUACCAGGAGGAAGUCCCAGUCUACGUGCAGAAAUGGAUGACAUUCAGAGAGCUGAUGAUCAUCUUGCAAGCCAACCUUCAAGAGAUAGUAGAUCAGUGGGCGGAUGGGAAGGGGCCUCUUGCAGCUGAAUUCUCCGCAGCUGAAGUGAAGAGUCUGAUCCGAGCCUUGUUCCAGAACACAGAAAGGAGAGCAGCAGCACUCGCCAAAAUUAAGUAA